UACAGUAAGAGAGACGCAUAGCGGGACAUCUGAUUUGAUCUUCACUAUAUUCAGACAGUAGUGUUGAGAAGACACUAAGGUGGCAGCCGAAGGGUUAACUUCGUUCAGUCAUCUCCCUUUUCACAAUCAAAUGAACGACCUCGCAUGUCGCAUGUUUAAAGGAAAUAUAAUCUUCUGUUAAGGACAGCAGCUAACGAAACGUUGUGGAACAUUUCUUCUCUGAUCACAAAGGACUUCCAUACUAACAGACAGGAAAACAAAUGUUAAAGUAUAAAUUUAAUGACAGCAGUUGAUUAAAAAAAAUACUCGUCAACAAGCGUUUCCUCUGUGUCAUGUGCCUGAAAUUUAUGCAACUAGUGGGAAACGAUAUUUAGGAAACGAUGAAACUACUAACCACAUCGGUGAACUCUUUUAAACGCAAAAGGACUUUUCUGUUGAUUCUGCUGUUCGCUGGUACUCAAAGUAACACAGAAACAGAAUGUGAAGCAACUGAAGGGUUGACAUUAAAAUGCAAGUUUCCGAAAAACAUGGAAUCGACGGAAACAGAUUUUUUAAUUUAUUUUUAUCCGGACAACGGUAAAACAGAACUCCUUGCUGACUGUUCGUGGAAUAACAAAAAGCUUGUAUGCAUCUUACAAGAUAGUAUCGAGAUAAAGCAUCCUGUGUCGGACAUAGCUGUGAUCAGCCUUCCUCCAAGAUUUGUAAGAAUACCUGGAACAUACAAAUGUAUUCCUGAUGGCGUGAACUCUGAAAAUUCAAAAGCCUGUCAAUUUCAUAAAAUCCUGAAAGAAGGAGAAGAAAUCCAGAAUAAGAGUGAAAAUGAAGUUCAUCUGCAAAAACCUGUAGAAAGCCUACCAGAAAAAAACCAUGACCAGGAAGGAGAAGAGAGGAGUACUUCCUCGAUUGUCGGCGCUGUUUUGGGGAGUGUAGCCGUCAUCGUCAUGAUUGUCUUGCUCGUUCUUCUGUUAUACAAUAAGUUUUGGAAGAAAACACUUUCGACACCAGAAGGAGGGUGCUCAUUAUCUUUAAACAAAGACAACCUGUGCAAAUCCACUGAUUACAAAACGACAGACCCAGUCUCAGCCACCCAACUCUCACGCGGUUCCCAGCCAGAGGCGCCCUCUGCAGCAGGACAUAAAGAAGGCAAGCCAUUACUUCAAUCAGAAGAUAAUGAAAUUGUAGCCAUACGAGAAGAUGCCUCUCAUGAAGAAUAUCCUUACAUCUUUUGUUCCCAGCCUGAUUUUUCGCAGCGGGCGUCCUCUGCACUAGGAUUUAAAGAAGACAAGCCAUUACUUCAAUCAGAAAAUAUAGCCAUACGAGAAAGGACCUCUCACGGAGAAUAUUCUGACAUAUUUCGCUCUUCUUUAAAAUUAAACUAUAAAAGCUGCGAAGGAUUUGUGCGUGAAAAUGGCCAGAGCAUCGACAUAUUCUGAAAUUCCACAUGCGUCUUCAUCGUUAAACGACAUUAACUGCGUAUUGUUCGUACGGAACGACAGCUCAAGUCUAGAUAACUAUCCAUUGAGAUAGAUGUAUACUAGGAAUAAUUCCAUUUAUAUAAAGCUUACCUGAAAACGAUGCUCAUCAGACUUACAUAAAUUAUAAAAAUACCUUAUCUCAGAAAUACUCUUUAAAAAAGUAAAUAUCAGCAACUGAAAAAAUGUCAUUUCAUCUAAUAAAUACCUCUGAUAGAGAAAUUUGUAGAUAGUAACUUAGUUUAAAAACUGAGGAAGAUUAGAAGCUGCUGCCAGUAAUUGUUUUGGGUGGUCACUGAGUUAGGUCAGAGGUCAUGUCUACAUCUUAGUACUAUAACGCCACACAAACUCUGCUACCUUAUGGACAUAAAUUAGUGCACAUUUGUCUUAGUGGAAUAUUUGCCCAAACCUUUUUCGUCCAGAGUACAAAAAGGUUGAAGUGUAAAUUCUCUGAUGCCUAAUAGUCUUUAAAAUCUUACACACGUUUUUGGAGUGUGGGGACUUUAUUGAAAUUCAGACAUUGUCUUUCCACAAACCUCUAUGGUAUGUUCUUUACCUGACAACUGAAUAGAAUGAAAAAGAAAAUAAGACAGAAGUUGAACUAGACUGCCUUUGAGACUGAUUGGCUAUUUCCUUAUCCCCAAAAUAUUAAAUAAUGAUUUAAUAAUAGCUGUAUUAUAUAUAUAUCAAAUGGCGUAGUUUUUUAUCCGUACGUCUUUGUCCCAUAGAGACUGAGGGAAAAUAAAGGUUUUUGACACUGCUACUUCACCUAACUGGUUAGAAGAUGAGAGCUCUUUUCAUUACAUGUUGCUUUUGCCUAUUUAUCUACAGUAUAUUUUGUAUACCUAAUGAUCUGUAAAUCUUUACAUUAUUACUUAUGUUUCAAAAUAGGUUUCGUUGUGUUUGAGCAUUUUUCUAGAGCGUGUAUUAUUCAACUGUAAUGUCUGUGCCAUCUAGCCAUAUUUUUGGUGUGCAUCAUGUUGAUUACUUGUACCUAUCACACUAAAAGUUUUAAUUUUUAAGCGCUGUUGACCAUGGUGGGUUUUCUAUUUUCUGGUCUUCGGUGCUGUCCUAUACAUGCAAUGUUUGCAGAACAGAUCUUCGAACUCUAUGCCUUAACGAUGUUGCUAAUGAUGUGUUUUAUUACCAAUUUGUGUUUUCAUGUCGUUUUGCUCCAAGCAUCAUUUUAGCCUGCUGUAACGUUCGGUUCUUCUGUUCCUGGAUACACAACUUUUUUGUCAAAUAUUUAGAUAAAUCUUCCUUUACCUCCCUUGUAUGUGGGGCAACUGAAAUGUUGCUCUGCCUGACGCCGUUGUUUUACUUGUUUAGUUUGUGUACAACAGGUUUCCCAUUGUGAGAAUGGGCUGUGGAGUCUACUCAAUGUACUUGAUAUUGCUGAUCAAUUGCUUAUUGUCAAAGCGAAUUGACCUUGCUGCCAGUAGGAAAGUGUACCAUAUAUGUGCUAUUAUUAUUGUUAUUGUUAUUUUUAUUCUUAUCGCUUGUCUUUUUGACAAGCCACAUUGCAUUUUUUUUUUCAUUUCUCACACCAAGCAUGUGUUAUUACUGAAAUAAACAUGUCUUCCAUAUCCUCCUUCUAAAGUUCAUGCAGAGUGUUAUAACUUAUACAUUAUUUGUCUGACAAUAUUUAACCAUUGAUAUUGCGGAAAGCGUUCUUUCAUCUUUAUUACAGGAAAUUUCCUUUCAAGGGAUAAUAUGAAUGAAAGUGAAACAUCGACAGCUAUUUCCUUCGAGUAAUGUUCUAAAUAUACUUGUUACUUUUAACCUCAUGCAAAUAAUAAAUUUUAAC